AUGAACCCACAUCAAGCCAACAAAGUCGAUAUCAGCUCCCUCAGCCCCGAUGAACAACGACUCCUCCGUCUGUAUGGCAAAGUGCCCACUAAGAAAGACCUCCUCCAGAACAAACUUAAGGAACGCAAAUACUUCGACUCCGGCGACUACGCUCUCAGCAAAGCCGGCAAAGCCUCAGACGUUGGCGUCACAAGCAUCGGCUCCCGCCACCCCGUCCCCGAAAACAUCCCUCAUCUAACAGCCACAUCGCCCACCGCCAACAACCCAUCAAACGGGAAUAAUGGACAUAUCGGUGGCCCAGGAUCUACAACCGUUACGUCGCAGCCCAUCCCCGGUAGUCUCAGCGGCCAUCCCGGAUCGAUUGGAUUCCAGAACCGCGACAGCCCCAUCAGGGAAGGACCGUUUGUGCAGCGCAAGUCCAGUUUGAAUCAAGAUUCUCAAAAUGAUGAUACGGACGAGGUGGCUGAAGAGGAUCGGGGACGACAGGCAGAAAAGGAGGGUCAGCAAUAG